UCAGUUUAAGCCAGCUGAGCGGAUGUUUUGAAAGUCAUCGAUUGGCAUUGUCACACUCCUCGAAUGCCACAACCACCAUCAGGAACCAACUUUGGUCAAACCCACCACCCAUACAUGUAGCAUUGCAUCCAUUAUUGUCCGUCGCCGUCAGCCUUGUGUGCCCUCCAUUUAGCAAGCAACCAAACAACACGGAACAGUAAAAAGCCAUGACCAACGGCAAGGUUGCCUUUUCUCUGGGCGGCAAGAAGAAGAAAAAGACAUCGUCCAGCAAUAAGGAGGUAUCCGCUCGUGAUUUUGGUCAUGCUACCGAAAAAGACGAUGAUAAUGGGGAAGAAAUUCGCUCGUUUGAUGGCACGGAAGUUCGAGAUGUCAAGGAACCUUUGGUGAUUCCUCUCACGCAACCCGCCAAUACGUUGGUCGAUCGGAUCCGGCAGGAGUUGCAAGGCAAACAACAGCAGCGACAACAACAACGAGAAAAUAAUGGCGUCAAGCAGGAAGACACGUCUGAUGCUACAGUCAAACAAGAAGGCGACAAUGGGGAUGUCAAAGACGAAGAAGUCUUGGAAGCGGUCUUGUCAUCCGCUAAUAGGAAUAAUGCCACAAACGGAGGAGGCCAAGCUGCUGGACCAGUCAUUUCCUCCAGUGACAAUGUGACCAGUGCUGCGCGGAUUACGAGUAAUAAUAAUAACAACAACAACAAUAUCAAAGACCACUUGGAGCGAGAAUUGGAAGAACUUCCGGAUGAAGCCGACGACGAAGCCUACGAAAAAAUUCCCAUUGACCAAUUUGGAGCGGCAUUGCUGCGUGGGAUGGGAUGGAAUGAAUCGGCAGAACAAAAGCCACAAGAUUCCAAUCAAAUGAUGGGGAGUAUUCCACGACCCUCACGGUUGGGCUUGGGAGCUAUUCCCAAGGCACCGGGUGGAGUGGGAAAUGCCUUGGAUAUGCCAUCCGUAUUGACGGGAAGAAACAAGAACAAAAAGAAAAAGUUGACUGACAACCAAAAACGACAACAAGAAGAAUUUGAAAAACAACGAGAAUUGCAGAAAAAGCAGGACAAGCAACAAACGAGACAAAUUGGGAGCAUUGUGUAUCUGUUGGAUGAAGAUAAUGACAAUGACGCCAAUAACAAUAAUAAUACUGGCAGCCGAAAAAGAAAAAGAGCCAAACUGGUUCAGCUCAUGGGGGUUCCAGGCUUGAAUAUGGCGUUGGCGCAGUUGGAAGGCCAGGCGGAGCCCACUUCCAUCAAAAAGGGAAAGUUGGGACCUUUGGUGCCACGGUCCGAGUUGGCACAAGAACCCUUUGUUUUACCCAAACCACGACCCCCAAAGGAUGACAAUAAACGCGACGAAAGGAGCCGGCGAGACCGCAGUCCAGAAGAUCGUCGACGUAGAGAUCGCAGUCGCAGCACAAGUCCCGAUCGACAGCGCAAAGAUGACCGAAAGUCCGAUCGAAAGCGAAAAGAACGGGAUGAUGAUAGAGACCGUAGCCGGAGUCCCAGAGAUGAUCCAAAGUCAGACCGAAGAAGAGACAGACGCGAUCGAGAGAGAGAUGACAGGGAUUAUAGCAGAGAUAAGAAAAAGCGGAGGGACCGCGAUGAGGAUGAUCGGAGACGAGACGAUAAAUACAAUGGGAAACGCCGUCGCCGUGAUGACAGUGGAAGCGGAAGUGAGAGUGACCGCGACAAGCGAAAGCGCAAAGAUUCGCGGAGGGAUGAAGGAGACAAGAAGCGUUCCAGCAAUAGCAGACACGACAACAAAAGCAGCGAUAGUCCCAUGUGGAUCAUUCCCAACAUUCGUGUCCGAGUGGUGACGGAAAAGCUUGGAAGGCGCUAUUUCCGUCAAAAGGGCGUGAUUGUGGACGUCACACGGAAACACGGGGCUACAUUGCGGAUGGAUAUGUUGGAUGGAGGAAAGGAUGCGGUGUUGGAACACGUACCAGAGAGGUAUCUUGAGACAGCAUUGCCCAAGUCGGGGGGUAACGUUAUCGUUUUGACCGGGAAACACAAAUGGACCAAAGGUAGGCUGAUAGAGAGGAACGGCAAAACCGCCAAGGGAUCUCUUCAAGUGUUUGAAGAUAUGAGCAUCCUGACUCUUUCCCUGGAUGACAUGGCGGAAUGGUGCGGUUCCUUGGAUGAUGAUUUGGGCUGAAUGAUUGUGUUGAAAUUGCGUGCUCUUGGUGCUGUGUUGUGAUGCCUUUGCAGGUAAUUAAUUGGUCAUUGUGUUUCUGGCUGUCUGCGCCAAGCUAGUAGCUAGCUCUUUUUUAAACUACUAGUAAUAGCAGUUCUUGCUUGAUAGAG